AUGAUGGACCGCUGUAGGUGUUGCGUGCUGGUGGCCGGCUGUGCCAUUAUCGUCCUGGUGGUCGGGGAACCGGUGAUGCAGAACAAGGUCACGUUCAUUGAUGCUGCCUGCCAGAGAUUAGCUCGGAAGGACGAAGGGAAAAGUAUCGACUGUGAGAAGGUCUGGAGUGCCCUUGAGCAAGCGUACGUGGGCCAGGAACCCUGUACGGUCCUGCCGAAGGCCUACGAUCACCUGCUGUCCGUCGCACCUCCGCAGCCCAUGUGCAACAAGAUGAUGUUUUGGAGCGGGACCAAGGAGGUGGCCGACCGGGUGGCAGAGGGCUGCUACCAGACGAUGGCGGACACAUUGCUGGGAUCUGUACUGGAUGGAAAGGUCUGGUGUGGGGAGAAGGGGAGCAAAGAAACUUUCACCUCUGGUUGUCCCGGCUGGUCUGAUUGUAAGAACAACCCGGUCAGAUCCUUCUGGAGCAGAGCGUCUGCUGAGUUUGCAGCGGUAGCCUGCGGAAGAACUGUCGUCCUGCUCAACGGCUCCAGCCCAACCCCCUUCAACCCUACCAGGGCGAACUGUAAGGAUGCAUCUUUAAAGAAAUUAAAGGCGAAGCUCAAUCCUAAAAUCCGUUACGAUUGCACGCAGAAGAUAGAGUAA